CAACCCUGCCCGGUCAUGGCUUCGGCUUUGGAGGAGCUGCAGAAUGAUCUAGAAGAGGUAAAGGUGUUGCUAGAUAAAGCCACUGGGAAGAGAGUACGUGAUGCCCUAAUAGUGGAAAAAUCCAAGAUUGAAACAGAAAUCAAGAAUAAGAUGCAACAUAAAUCACAGAAGAAGCCAGAACUUCUUGACAAUGAAAAACCAGCUGCUGUGGCUGCUCCCAUCGCGACAGGUUACACAGUGAAGAUCAGUAAUUACGGAUGGGAUCAGUCAGGUAAGUUUGUGAAAAUCUACAUUACCUUAACUGGAGUUCAUCAAAUUCCUGCUGAGAAUGUGCAGGUGCAUUUCACAGAGAGGUCAUCUGAUCUUUUGGUAAAGAAUUUAAAUGGUAAGAGUUUCUCCAUGAUUGUGAACUAUCUCUUGAAACCCAUAUCAGUGGAAGGUAGUUUAAAAAAAAUCAAGACUGAUACAGCUCUUAUCUUGUGUAGAAAGAAAGCGGAAAACACUUGGUGGGAAUACUUAACUGAGGUUGAAAAAGAGUGCAAAGAAAAAGAAAAGCCAUCCUACGAUGAUGAGACAGAUCCUAGUGAGGGAUUAAUGAAUGUUCUAAAGAAAAUUUAUGAAGAUGGAGAUGACGGUAUGAAGCGAACCAUUAAUAAAGCCUGGGUGGAAUCAAGAGAGAAGGAGGUCAAAGGAGAUACAGAAUUUUAG